CUUACUUCUGAACGGGCUCAGAAAGAUGAACAAAUGUUACGGUUUUGUACAAGUAAAAAAAUAAAUGAUUUAUUCGCUAAGCCACACUGGUGACCGUUUGGCCUCUGUGGCGCACCAGGUACCUUUCAGCGCUAGAUGAGGAUUUUGGAGGAUCAGAGGUUCCAGUCUCUGCUCAUGUAUCUGGAUGACACUGUGGUGUUUACCAGUGAUCUACCAUCGAGCGGACCUUGACAACCUCGAUUUGAGGGCCGCUGCUGCUCUCGCCGCUCAGAAGACGAGGUCACAAAUUCAGAAACACGGGCGCAGAGGGAUCCUCAUGAUGGACCAGGAGUCUAAGAUGGAGACUGUCACCACGAUGAAAGCGGCUUUUGUCCCUCCUAAAAGUCUAGGAGUGAGACUGCGGGGCGCGAGAGGCGAGCUUUUGGAAAAACACAUCACUGAGAUGAUAAGAGAGAAGGUUCACGCUGAACUGAACCCAACUGACCCGAGUCUCGAAACAGACUACUGCUCCACAACCCAGAAAGACUUCUGUGUCGAGGGAUUUGUGCCUCAUAUCCCCGAAACAACACAAGUUCAUGACUAUAAAACUGAUCAGGCUGUCUCAUUUUGGAGUGAAAAUUGCCAUCGGAUACAGGGUGCGACUGCCGUGCAGAACCUGAAAGCACCUUUCAGGAAGUCGACCCUGUUCAGCACACCGAUCGGCGAGCGGCUGGACGAAAUCGAGCUCCCACCUGAUAACUGAGACAAUAUGUGAGAGUAUCAUCACAUCACUUCAUUACCAGUUGAUAUUAAAGUGGGAAUCCACUUCAAAGGUGAUUAUUAUUCUGAAGUGCGGGGACACCUCUGCUGGUAAUUAGCUGUCAUCGUCACAUCUGAAAACCAUGAAGUCAAUGGAAGGGCAGCCUUUCAGCCCUAAAUAUCUACAUAUCUACAUGAAGGUGUUUAUUAAAAAUGGGAAGACUAUUUAGUUUAAGUAAUUCUGCCAGAAAAUAAAUUAAAUCCACAGCAUACACACAGCUGAUGUCAUGUUGACUGACAGGUUUCUGUUGUGCGGAUUUGCUGAGAAACAUUUGCCUCCGUGUCUGGCUUCUUAAAAAUAGAUAAUUUACUGUGCGUGGCAGCUCUGUUUGUAGCUCAGGUCAGUACUGACCCAAAGCGUGGACCGUCCCUCAGGGCAGACCGCAGCAAGUACAACACGACUGAAAGAAUGAAGAGACGUAGCUGCAUUGCUGCUCAUUCCAUUUUCACAUCUUGUUGUCAUCAGUUAUAAAAAAAGAAAGAAAGAAAAGAAGCCAGGUACUAACUAACAGCGUUGCAAGAAUACACAAAACUCUUGAGAGACAGUCAAAAUAACACUGCUAUUUUAUAAUCCGUUAAACGUUCAAUCUAAAGUGAAAGAAACAAGGAAACGACUCGUAGUUAUUUUGAAUGUUUUAAACAAAAUUUCUGGCCAUAUCUUACACACUGCACCUUUAACAUUAACAUAAACAUUAAACACGAUGGAGCCCAUCUUCAGCCUUGCACAGAAUAAAGCAGGUUUAGCAAAUGGAAGAUGGAUUGUGCUAAACACAUUCAUCUUUUCCUAUCAAAAAGGGUCAUUUGCCGGUCAAAAGAUAUUUUUUAGUUACGUUUAUAACCUUCCUACCUUUACACACCAUUUGAGUGACUGUAUUUAAAUAUGAAGCAGGUCCUAACAAGUCUCCGUUUGUGCCUCUCAUGCAGUACCAGACCAUCCUGAACACAGAGCUAAGCAUUCGAUGUUUCGGAAAAAGAAAUACCCGGUGAUCUUUGAAACAUUCAGAAGGCUUAACAACACUUACCACUGUUCUGAGAGUAUUUCCAGAAUCCUUGAGACCUCUCUAACUAUAAAUAAAUGACAUGCGGUGUGUUCCUGAUCAGUUUGUACAAUGCCAGCCCAAAUAAAAAAGGUUAUAUUAUACACUAUAUUUGUCAAUAAUAAUGUUACUUUUUAUUGUCUUAUAUUUUCAUGCACAAUAACACGUUUAUAUUUUUCUUGUGUUGUGCAAAUUGUGCAAGGAAAUGUUUCACUUCUGUCUACUGUCUUCGUUUGGAUUAGGAAAUAGAGUUGCAACUUG